AGAGAGAGAGAGAGAGAGAGAGAGAGAGAGGGGAGCAGCACAAACAGGUAUGUUGCACCUCGGCACACCUGAGCUGUGAUAUGAGAGCCACUUUUUUACUGGCUGGAGGAGCCAAACCUGCUUGUUUUGCCACAGAGACCCACCUCACUGUCAGGCCCCCAUCCCAUUACUUCUUUAUGUUGGUCUUUCCCUAUAACGGCUGAACAUACUAUCCUGUGAGGACGAAGUUGUGAAGUCCAAGAGAGCAGGGUGACGAUUCCUUUCUGUCGGCACCAUGGCGGAAAACAAUAGCUGGUGGAAGCUGACUUUCCUCCGGAAAAAAAAAUCCACCCCCAAGGUAUUGUAUGAGAGCCCAGAUAUCUAUGCUGUUGCCAACAAUGAGAACCAACAGGAGGGAGUGCUAGCAGAUGGGGGCAGCGGUGCUACCAACGAGCGUGAAUUCAAUGCCCGGCUAGAGAAGAUUGUGGACAAGAGCACCAAAGGGAAACAUGUCAAAGUCUCCCAUUCAGGGCGCUUCAAGGAAAAGAAGAAAGUAAGGGCCACGUUAUCGGAAAAUCCCAACUUUUUUGCUGACAGCGAGCGGGAUGAGAAAUAAGGGGCGUAUGAAGGAGAGAUUCCUUUCACGUGCCCUCAUUUGAGGAUGUUUCUCUGCUCCAAGAGAAGCGUAAGACACAUCCAUUUCAUUCUAUUUGCAAAUGAAGUUAACGACGGACCAUCUGGGCUUCCAGGAAUGGCUCCUGAUUUCAUGUGACAAGAGAAGGUUCAGAAGAAGAUGAACUUUAUUAAUGUUAUUAGUUUUUUUUUUUAAUUUAAGGAAUAAAUGCAAUAUUUUAAAUGCAAGCUUGCUGGGUAAUCAGCGGUGGAGAAACUUGAUGCCAGAGGGACAGCAGCGUGUGUGACACAAGGCUCAUAGUCAGAAUUGCUUAUUCAGUUACCCCUGGAUACCAGUUAGCAACCCUGACAUCCCAGUGGUGCCAUCAGGGCAGGACUUUGUCCAGCCUCCAGUUCUCAGAAGAAUGAACAUGAGGGCCCCCCAAAUUUAGCAGAGCUAGAUUGCCAUACUUUGAAGUAUGUGAAUGCACAUUUAAAAUUACCUAGCUGGACAGCUGUGUCAUCCUCAUAAUCAGGGUAAGUGGAGUACUGAUGUCUUUGCCACCCAGGGCCAGCAUUGCCACCUGGCACCCUUGGGCAACAGUCCAGUCUGACCCACCAGUGCUGAUGCCUGCCUUGGCCCUCCUGCCCACAUGUUCUCUUGACUGCAGGUUUAUCUGGCAGCGGUGGCUGGGUUUGAGAAGGUGCUUCCCACUGAACACUUCCCACAAUGCUCCAGAAUGCUCAGUGUAGCAUAACCUUUGACUGGGGAUCAUCAACCUCUUUCUACCAGUAGGCACUUUUUGAAUUUGAAGGCGGUGCCAGUUACAAAAUGGGUCCUGUCACGGGCAUAACAUAAAAUGGCUGCUGUUGGGGUGUGGUAUAACACAAUAUGGCUGCCACAUCUAAAAGACAGAAGAAAAGACAGGACCACAAAAUGGUGUAGGCAUGCCUGCCACAUCAGUUCCUCCCCAAUCAAAGAGGAAAAAGUCACCUAUAUCAGCCACCGCUGUGCUCACUCACAGAGAGAAGUUCUCAGCACUCCUCUGUGUUCCGUUCUGGCAUCCAAUGAAAUGUGGGCAUGUUCAGUGUAGGAGAGGCUGAGUCAGUGCAAACUGGAACUGAGCAGGAACUGUCUCUUGUGCACUGUGUAAUUUUUGAAAAUUUAUUUUACUGAGAUCUCUCAUGGGCAUGACAGAAGGUAUUGGUCGCCGUGUUAGUAACCCCUGGCUGGCCCAUUGUGGGAAAUGUAAAUGGUGGAUGGCCUCCGAGUUUAAGCUAUUGGAACAAUGUAAAAUUGUGACUGGGAGGGCCAGGGGGUGUUCGAAACUGAAAGCAGCCUUGCCGCCCCUUGGUGCAAUGCUUACUGCUAAAGUUGGAGAGUCUAAUCUGUUAGCGAUUCUGAGUACUGAACCAGGUUCUGGUGCGGGCUUACAUAACUAUGACCUACCAAGCUAAACAGCCCCACAGACGUCCAAGUAUAUGAUUAACACCCCACCCACUUUUCACUCCCAGGACUGUAGCAAAAAUGGAUUAAUCGACCUCCUUAUGGACCACCAUAUAAGGCUGGAGAGCUGUGUUUUCAGUGUGAUGGGCCACAGUUUGUGCAGGCCUUGUCCCAUGGCGUUCUGGACUACAUAAUCCAGAAUAAAAAGGUGUAAAUUGUGGACAUGUCUUUGUUAGAAGCCUUACUGUGCCCUGUAGGAUGAUAUAUCCAGCUACAAACCAAUGCAUAACAGAAGCCCCACAUGAAAAUGUUUCCUUUAUACCGAUUCCAUCUAGUUUGAUUGCAAAACCGGCCCCUUUCUCUCACUCCCAUCUGCUUCACUUUUUCUCCUCAUCCUGGUGGGCAGCAUUAGGGAUUCUUAUAAAGAAAAGCAGAAGGGUGUGUUGGUUUAGCAUGGAGUGGCACCCCCAAUAACAUGUCCCUUGGGAUGUGUUUUGUUUAUGCUCAAGAUAUGACUGUUCUGUUUGUGGGUCAAAAUAAAUUUCUCUCCAGCUCAGACAGUAAUUCUUAUAGCAGUGCUGGGAAACCUCAGACUUGGGUGCCAAAUGUCACCUUCUCCCGCCUCUUCCUCUUGACCUUUGGACUCUUCCCAAGCCACACCCCUCUGUCCAGGCCACACCUAUCACUGGUCCUGCUUUGCACCCUUCCUGGGUACUUUUGCCUGUCUGGGUUGUGUCUCCGGUUACUAAUAACACCUCUUGUUUGCCUCGAUGAAGGAUGAAGAAAGGUCUGUGUAUCUGUGUAGAAGCCUCUGACUUUUGUGUUGCUGGAAUGUAGCCUACUGUACAAAAUGGCCCACCCACUUUUGCCUCUGGCCCCAUCCACCCAGAAGGUUCCCCAGGAGGGAAUGCAGCCCUCAGGCUGAAAAAGGUUUCCUGUCCCUGCCCUCUAGGGAGUGAAAGCUGGUGGCUCUGAUAUCAGCAGGUCAGUGAAUCCGCUCCAGGUUUUAGUCUGAACUUCCAAGGAGCUGUCCGAGGUGAGCACCUCAGACAGCUCUUUGAAAGUCCAGACUAAACCCUGGAACAGAUUCCCUGCCUCACUGACAUGAGAGCCACCAGCCUGCACCGCUUCUGGGCUUUCCCUCUAAUGUGUAGCUUUGUUAUCUAGCUUGAGUAAUCAAUAACUGUCUGGUCCUUAUUUUAUUAUUUUAUUUAUCUACCUGAUUGAUAUAUACCAAUUGUUUGGGCACAAUUGCCUCUUCUAGGUAGUGUACAAAAUUUCAUAAUGUAUGUUAAUUAUAAAACAAAACAAACAUCCAGUUAAAACCACAUUGCACUCCUUCAAAUUGAACAGUAGCAGGUAAAGCAUCAGCAACAAUCAAUAUAAGCAGAAGCAAUUAAUAAAAAGCAGACUGAAAUAAAACACAGGCUUCUUUCUUAAAAGUUUCCAAAGAUGGUGUCACAAGACCCAGGGGAGAGAAUUCCUAAGCGUGGAGCUACUGGCAAAAAGGUCCUGUCUCUAGUACCUAUUAGCCUAAUAUCUCUUGUGAAUCUUUUAUGAAUCUCCUUCAAGUCACUUAUCAGCCACUUCUCUGUCCAUAUAUGUAUGUGCCCCAUGUGGGUGGGGAAAUACACCAUUUGGUUCCUGUUUAUUCCUGAUGUCCCAGUUCAAGGUUCCUUGCCCAAAGUGUCACCCAAAUGUUAGCAAACAUCAUUUUAAAUUCCAACCAUUAACUUGGGUCCACUAAAGUGGAGGAAAGGACGUCUAAAAAUGAUUGCUACACACAUUGAAUUCAAGGUUGUUCUUUUCCCACAUUCAGUUCCAUUCCCUCCAGUCUGUCCCUGCCAACUCUGCAUGGUAGGUCAGGGGAAUGUUUGCAGUGAAGAACUGUACUAAUAACUCACCUAUCAAGCUCAUUUUAUACUCAUAAAAACCUACAGUUUUGUUGAACUUUGCACAUCAGUUUUAUUGAACUUUGUCAGUUUGUCUUCCUAACCGGCAAAAAUUGCCCUUUGCACAAUUUUUCCCUACUGUUAUCCCAUACAGAUUGGGUUACAAAAGAAACUUUACUUGGCCUUCACACACACACCCACUCAGCCCACCCAAAUUCAAGGGGAGCUCCCACCCACCCAAAUCCCCCCUUAACCUUAUUUAUGUAAA